UGUGAUAAAUUUCAUUAUAACCCUAGUUUUGAUAAGCGGUUUUCUCAAUUCUGGAGACACAUUUUAUAUUUCGUUGAAUGUAAACGUGUUUAGCGUUUAAAACUGUUCAGUUUUACGUUAAUAUAUUAAAGGCAAAUUAAUGGAGGCACAACAAUCUGCUUUUGAAGUUUAUCAAAAGCAAAAUAAAAGGAAACGAACCGCAAUUGCUGCAAACGAUGUGUUGCCCAAAAAGCAAAAAAGUAACUUACCAGUUAAGCAAUUAAAAAAAGCAAAUGAAAACGCAGCAAUGGCCCAAAAAGCUAAGGCUAAAAAGACCCGAAAAACCAAAUCAGGCAAAAUUUCGCCAAAUCAGAAAAGACAUCAAAUCAGUGAUUCUAGUGAUGAGGAAGAAAUACCCAUGUUGAUACCUAUAGAAGGUACAGCGGUACCUAAGAAAGGUAUCAACAGUAAAGACGAGACGAGUCUAGAUGUAACUAAAAAAAGUGUUCUUUCCUGCAAUGGCAAGUCGAGCAAAAAACCAACCGAGAAGAAUAAAACACUUAAGAAAUCCUCUAAAAAACCUGAAUUACUUGAUCACGGAUAUUCUACAGUAUUCAAUCCUGUCACUCAAGGAUUGGCCAUUUUUAAGUGGCUUAUAGAUCCGAUUCUGCCCAAGAAAUUCUUUGAUAAAUAUUGGGAAAAAGAUGUGCUACACAUUGAACGAGAAAAUAGAAGAUACUUCAAGGAUAUAUUUAGUACAGAGGAGCUAGAUAUUAUUUUGAGAGAGUAUCCUUUAUUUUUCACUAGGAAUAUAGAUGUAGUAGAAUACAAGAAUGGUAAAAAGGAACUUGUAGAAGAGGAAGGGAGAGCUGCACCAGUCAAAGUUUGGGAUUUCUAUUCCAGUGGUUGUAGUGUGAGAGUUUUAAAUCCACACACUUAUAGUCAGAAUGUUCACUCAGUAAUAUCAAGCCUACAAGAAUAUUUUGGUACUAUGGUAGGCACUAAUGUAUAUUUGACGCCCCCAGAAAGUCAAGGAUUUGCACCACAUUUUGAUGAUAUUGAAGCUUUUAUUGUUCAGCUUGAAGGAAGUAAAUAUUGGAAGUUGUAUAAACCCAAAGGAAGCGACGUGCUUGCGCGGGAUUCAAGUAAAAAUUUUAGUGCUGAAGAGUUGGAUGAUCCUUUUAUGGAAGUAAAGUUAAAUGCAGGCGACUUACUGUACUUUCCACGGGGAACAAUUCAUGAGGGCCAUACAAAAGAACAACAUUCUUUACACAUCACGAUAUCUGUCUAUCAGCAUACUGCAUAUGCAGACCUUCUCGAGCAUGCACUUCCAGCCGCUUUAAAGAAAGCUGCAAGUGAAAAUUUGGAAUUCAGGAAAGGGCUUCCUUUAAAUUACCUAAAACAUGUUGGUGUUGUAAAUCAAAGCGACGAUUCAGAUAAAAGAAAAUCUAUUAUAGAUAAGGUCAAGUCAUUAGUUGGUGCCUUAGUUGAUUAUAUAGAUGUUGAUUCAGCUGCAGACAAUUUAGGUCGCAAAUUUAUGCAUGAUGCAAUGCCGCCCUUAUAUUCCGGAGAUGAGGCUCAACAUUCGUGUUUAUAUGAUGGGGACGUAAUGAAAAAUGGAAAGGUUUUUCAUAGGGUGGAGAUCACUCCAGAAAUUGAAAUACGACUUUUGAGAUAUUACGCCUUGAGGGUGGUAAAAGAUUCAACAACUACGUCAAAAUUGUACUUUUGCACUCAUAAUGACAAAGUUUAUCAUGGCGAAGAGGAACAAUGGCUGGAGAUUAGCAAUUCCUUAUUACCGGCAAUUGAAGUAUUACAGAAAUCUUAUCCAAAUUUUGUUGUUGCUGACAGCUUGCCAAUAGAAGAUGAAACCGCUAAAUUAAGUCUUGUUUUCUCUCUUUGGGAACAUGGCCUUUUGGUCACGAAUCAACCGUUGCCAGGUCUUAGUGAAGAUGACGAGACUUCUUCCACUGACUCUGAUCCAUCCACCAGUGAGUAAUAUGGGUUUUCGUGCGAAUUAUUUUAUUCAUAUUAAAGUGUCGCGUUUAAGAGUUGUAGCAAUGCUAUACAAUAAAUCAUUAUUUAAAAAAUGUAAUAAAAUUGUGAUUCGACAGUCCAAA